AUGUAUUCUCAAUAUCAGUCUUUCCAGCAACAAAAUCCAUCAACGACAGUGUAUUCUUCGUCUCAGCCGGCUACCCAUUCUCAUUCCAAUUAUACUGCAACAUCGUCUCAUUACUCCGCAGGUGUGACCAAUAAUCCUCAAACUAGCAACACUGGAACUACAGCUCUGACUGUCAAACCAGUGGAAUAUUACACGACUUGCUACCAUGGCUGGAACUCCCAAGCCACCAAAUUAGAACAACAACUCCGCAUGUUUCCAGUGAACAAUCCGGAGGGCAAGAAGGAAACCCAAAGUCGACUCGACUGGGCGAAGUACUACGCAGAUCGAAGUUCAAAGGCAGCCCAUUUCUUUUACCAGAAUCCUAACGCAACAUCUGCCCCCUUUGAUCUUCCUCCAGAACCACCGAAGAAGGCCUCUUCGGUUGCCUCAAUGAGCCCAACCAAAUCGAAUCAUGCUGUAUCUCAAAGAAACCAAGCACAAGCAGAUCCAAGGCGGAACACUAUGAAAGAUAGCACACAUACUCCAGGAAGCUUGGAAAACUAUGUGCGAACUUGUUUAAAUCAAUGUAAGACUCCUGAACAAAAGAAGAUUGUGCAAUCCAAAGUUGAAAUCAAAAUUGCAGAAGCCAUCCAAAAGGGUGACAUGCACUCUAGAGACUGGUCCAGAGAACCUGUGAUUCCAAUUCCUGGUUCGUCAUCGUCGUCAAAGAAGAAGAAGAAGAAAUCAAAAAAAGAUCUCACCAGCGACUUGUCCAGCACUGGUAGUCACUACAUGGUUUCUGGCGCCAGCAGUUCCGCUUCUGGUGGUCACUAUGGACCAUCAUCGUCUCUCUCAUCUCCUAACCCUUCGUUUUCAUCGUAUUAUUACGGUGGUGCCUCCGAACCUUCUCUCUCUUCACAGAAACGAAAAAGCGAGGAUUUCAUUGGCUUUGCAAAGUUGAACAAAAAGCAAAAGAAUGGUGGAAAAGAAAUCAACGGUUUUACAACCUCGAGUAAGGAUUUGGCUAGACGGGCCAACCGCUUUUCCGGAGCCGGUGGAAUCCACGAUGUUGCCAAGUCGAAUCUACAGUCCAUUCAUGGCCAUGAUAAGUACAUGGGAAAAGGUAUGAUUGGAGGAUCCAAUGUUGCCUUGGACGAAAAUGAUUUUGAACGCAUGACAGUCAAGGGUACGUGUACAAUAAUGGAAAAAGAAUACUUGAGGCUCACAGCUCCGCCACGCCCCGAGCUGGUGAGACCCGAAAAAAUCUUGAAGAAGUAUUUGAAGGUGCUCAAGAAGCAUUACUCAAAACCUGAUCACAAGGAUUAUCUUUGGUUUUGCAGUCAACUGAAAGCAAUUCGACAAGACUGUACCGUUCAGCGAAUUCAAAAUGAGUUUGCUGUAGAUGUGUACGAGACCCACGCUCGGAUUGCUCUCCAAGAAGGUGAUUUGAACGAAUACAAUCAAUGUCAGACGCAACUCCAAGACCUCUACCGAGAAAACUCAUCCAUACCGAACCACGAAGAGUUCAUCGCAUACAAGCUAUUGUACUACGUAUUGUUGUCUUGCAAUGAUCAGUACGAUGGUGGAUCAUCCGAUAUGCUCAAGAUUAUGCUGUCUCUGAACGAGGAUCAACGUCAGCACCCUGCGAUUGAGCAUGCGCUUCAAGUUCGUGAAUGCAUGGCGCUUGGGAACUAUCUCAAGUUCUUUCGCCUGCACGAUCUGUCUCCAAACCUUGGAGACAAGCUUACUUCGCGAAUUGUUCCAACAAUGCGAUUGCGUGGGUUGCGGCGAAUGGCACAAGCUUAUCGUCCGACGCUGGACGCUCGAAUUUGUACAGAGCACCUCGGGUUCGACUCGUUGGAAGAAGGCAAGGAUUGGUUGGUUCGGUGUGGAUGCGUCUUGGAUGGGCCCAAGAUCUUGAUGAAGGACAGUGUCAUUCAUGAACCGGGGGAAGACACAAAGAACUCACUUAUUUGA